UCACUCUAUGUUUUAAUGGGUUGUGUUUGGAAACAAAAUCAGACUUGAAUCAAAGACUGCAUCAACAGUCAGCCAUGCACAACACCAAAGAAUAUAUUUCAUCGCAGAUUCACAAUGCUGGUGGAUAUGGAUCAGAGUUUGAAUCAGACGCCGAGCGGAAAGAACGCAGGGAAAGUUUCAAGAAUCUUCUUCCGAAGAAACGGAAAGGUACGGAUGGAGUUCCUCAGAAGAAAGAAAUGGAAGAUGAGUACAUAAAAGAAGAAGCAAAGAUUAACAGAUUUCAGAUUCUCAGUAUGGAUGCUUAUGCACGACACAAGAAGUUCAUCAACGAUUAUCUGCUGUACUAUGGAGGGCGGAAAGAAGACUUGAUGAGAGACACGUCGAAGGAUAAGACCGAUCUUGAUGUGAUACGGGAAAACCACAGGUUUCUGUGGACGGAAGACGAUGAACUGGAGGAAACCUGGGAAACAAAACUAGCAAAGAAAUACUAUGACAAGCUGUUCAAAGAAUAUUGCAUAGCAGACCUUGGCAAGUACAAAGAAAACAAGAUUGGAAUGAGAUGGAGAAUAGAAAAAGAAGUGGUAGACGGAAAGGGACAGUUCCUUUGUGGCAAUAAGAAAUGUUCUACAAACGAUGGCUUGAAAAGCUGGGAGGUGAAUUUCGGAUAUUUGGAACAUGGGGAGAAGAAGAAUGCUCUAGUAAAACUUAGAUUGUGUGCAGAUUGCUCAUACAGACUUAACUAUCACCACAAAAGAAAAGAAGUUUUACCGAAGAAAAAGAAAAAGAAGAUAAAAGAACUACAAAGCACGGAACCUGAACACAAGAAACAUAAAUCAAAUGAAGAAAACGAGUUGGGAGAAGAAACAACACAAUCUACUAGAAAGUCUUCAAGUGGAGACAACUCUGAAUCACAGCAAGAAGAGUCUGUCUGGAGUGGCCCUGCUAAAAUUGUGGAAGAAAAGUCCAGGAAUGAAGAAUUUGACGAUUAUUUUGAAGACAUGUUUUUGUGAAACUCUCUGUCACUGUGGUUUAACUAGCUGACUGUAUUCAGUAUGGAUCUACCAGAGGUUGCCAUGACAAGGGGUUUCUAGUUCUUCUUUUAUGAGGAGUUAUAAAAAAAACCUCCACAAUUACAACAGUUUCUGAGAUCCACAUAAGACCAAGACUCUCUGUGUGUUCAAUGGUGUUUAUGAAAGCAUUUCAACAUUAACUAGUUGAUGGCAUACUGAUGAACAAGAGAGUAACCUUGAAAUGCCACAAAAAUACAAUAGAAUGAACAGAAACUCAUAUACAUGAAGUGAUGAACAUGACUGGCCAUGGUGAUAUAAUAGUUAAGUAAUAAGCCUUAAGUAUGGGAGGUACCAGGAUCGUAUCCUGGUACUAUAGUUUUAAUAGCUUAAGUGUGGAAGUGUAUGCAGAGUUGCAAGGCCACUGCCACGACUUAUCUCUCACUGGCCACUAACAACUAACCAUUAUCCCGGUGCAGGACAGACAGCCCAAAUAGCAGACGUGUGUCCUCAGGACUGUCGCCUUGAACUUUAAAUGGAUAAUGGCAGGGCUUUGGAUAUCAUUAAUUUGGGCACAAUGGGGACUUUCGUCUUUUCUGAGUGCAGGAAGGUUGGUUUAUACAUGUAGUUCAGUAAUGUCAUUAACAGCUGCUAGAGAGUUGUGAGAAGUGCUUUUCAAGUUAACAUUUCAGUGGUUUUGAUGUGAAAUAUUUUGAGGUCAGCGUGUUUGUACUUAAUUUGGGCAUGAUUAUUUGGGGCGCAACAUUCAUCACCUCGACUUUGAUGCAAUCUAAAGCCACGAACCGCGUGAAAAUCAAAUGAAAUGAAUGAACUUUGGCAUUCCGAGAGAAUGUUGUGAUAAAACAGAAUGUCUAGAGGGUAAAUAGUUUAGAUGUUGGUUGAUGUUUUUUUUUUCAUUUGAUCAUCAUCAGGAUGGUUUAUUUGUUUUCCUCUCACUGGCCGUCAGGCUCUAGCAAUGAACAUAUUUGGGGAAUACUAGUAUAUUUAUGACUACUAGCAUUUACAUUUUAAAAAUAUAUAUAUAAUAUCGGUGAAAUAAUCAGAGGAAAGUCCCUUUUUUUAAAUGGUUACAAUUUUUAUGGUCCCGGUAUUGAAAUUCACGGGGUCGGUGUAGGGUCCUUCAUGUCCCCUAGGGGAAACACUGGUAAACUUGUAGUAAGAAGAGCAUGUGGUGAAAGCGAACUAGGAAACAUCUGUGUAGGAAAAGAAAACCGAGAUUCAUCCGAACUGAAAUAUUGAGAGGGGCUAUCUAUAAAGUACAUAUGCCUAGAGAUGAGGGAGGGGGGUGUUAGGAGGUGAAAAGUAUGCAGGGAGGAGGGGUAUCGAAGAUAAAGAGUACAUGCCAAGAUUAUCAGUGUAAAAUGUAUGCAAUCCAAGUGUCUUAAUUGUAUCCAUGUACUUUUCAGCUACGAAUAUCAAUAUGUGCCCAUACAUUUUGGGGGGGGGGGGGGGGGGGGGGGG